UUGCCCUAAUUUUCUAUGAGUCAGAGCUUCCCAAAUCUGAGGCUGCACACAUAUAAAGUGCGGUGGAGCUCCAUGCGCCUCAGGAUCAGCGCUCCGGUGCGGUGGGUAGACGGAAUGGACGCCAUGCUAGAAAACUCGGUCUUCUCCUGCUUUGUGUUCUACAGCAUACUGCUGAUCCUGAAGAUGUACACCCUUGCUAUCAUCACUGGACAAGUGAGGCUGCGGAAAAAGGCAUUUGCUAAUCCAGAGGAUGCAGAGCGCCACGGUGGAGCACAAUUCUGCCGUGCAGACCCAUACGUGGAGCGCUGCCGGAGAGCUCAUUUGAACGACUUGGAAAAUAUCUUACCCUUCUUCUUCCUGGGUGCCAUCUACUCCAUGACGGGGCCAUCACUGGUUAUAGCACAAGCUCACUUCCUGAUCUUCUUCUUGGGUCGGCUCGUGCACACUCUUGCCUAUCUGUUUGCCCUAAAACCACCAACACGCUCAUUAGCCUACACCAUUGGUCAAGUUCCCUGUAUCUCCAUGGCCAUACAGAUACUUCUCACUGUGGGCUUUUAAUUACAGAUAGCUUGAGGACUAAAUAUAGUGCUUCCACUCAGUAUAUUGUUUGUGGGGCAGUUAUAUUAUCAGUUCACCAAUGAGCCAAGUAGAUCAUCCUGCUUUUACGAUAAACUGUUAAGGUGGUAAAGGUCUGUUUUCAUUUCACUUUCUUGUAUUUGUUGGAAGGCUGGAGUGUCAGGAAUCAAAUGAAGGUUUGAGUAAGGCACAGUGUCCUUAAACUAGUGGCCCUUAAGUUUCGUCAGACUGUUUACAAAGCAGCAGCUACUCAACAAAAUGUCCAUGCUCAGUAAAGGCCAUUUCAACAACAAGAAAACUGUUAUUCAAAGGGGUUUGCAGUUAAAUGAUUGGUUACCUUUUUAAAAGUGCCUUGCAUAGUAUGGGCCUUUCAGAGCUAGCGUAGCAGUAAAUAAGUGUUUUUAUCUAAACACUGGCUUAUCUUCUUCUUGUAGUUUAUAGAACUCUUGGCAAAGUGGUUAGUUUGCCAUGACUUCCUUUGCCUUUCACAGUUUAAAGCUGAGUUAUGUGAUUGUGUUAGAUAUUAGCAAGUGCUAGAUGACUGCCUAAGAUAAUGUUUAAUGUUUAAAAAAGAUGAGCAUAUUAACGAGUAGUCUAUCAGGUAGCAUUUUUGCUUAGCAAUUUGUUAAGAUGAGCUAGCUGCCUGUAAAAGACUCACUCAUUACCCCAAAACUAGGAAGCUGUCAGUAUAAAUAAUGUUAGCAAAUAUUACAGGAAUCCUUCACAUAGCAGUCUUACAGGUGGGCAGUGACUACUGGGAUUUAUUGUUUUAGAUGAUUAAUUCUGCUAGAGAAAAGACCAUUGUACUCCCUCAGACUCUUUCCAGCACACAACCAUCAUCGUGGAAUGUUUCGUUUAUAUUUCUGUUCAUUUGCUAGUUUAUCAUCUGCUGAACAAGUAUCACAUCUGAGCUAAGCCUAACAGUGUUGCAACACACCAUUUCCCUCUGGUGAGAUCUAUGCAAAAAGCAGAUAAAACUGAGUUCCCUCCUGUGAUUACUCGAUGUGACCUAGUUUUCUGAGGGUUUCGUUUGGCUAAUAAUCUACAGUCCCACAUGAGUGUAAAAACGCAACAGAUUAGUAAACAAAAACACGGUAAUACUCAGCAAGACAACAUUUACUCAAAAUGGAACGGAUGAGUCCUUAUUAAACAUUGCAUGCUCCUGGCUAACUUAGCUAAACAUCAGAAGGUACAACUGCCCUUGUUUUCAAUUCUUCUGAAUAUCCAAGCUUCCUUUUUUUUCACAUGCUCACACUGAUCCCAUGCAAAGGUGCUGGCAUAUCUAAAACCACAUCAUAUGAAUGGGUUCGAUGAAAACAGAUGCAGAUGAAAGCAUGAUAAGAUGGGCUUACGUUUCCUCUAACUGUAAACAUCCUCUGUAGAUAAUUAGCAGCAAGCAUGUGAUGUUUAACAGGGACCCAAACUUGGCAUUUCAAGUUAAUGUUGCUGCAUCUUCAGAUUUAAUGCUGUCUUUUUUGGUUUGUUAACAUGAUUUGCACUUCUAGGCCACUGUAGGUAACAAGCCUGGCUACAAUCAUCAACUUAUUACCCCCAAAUACCCCAAAGCUAAAAACUUCAUAUCCAGACCAGUGUUGUUCUGAUGUCUUUUCAAUUACCAAAUGAACUGCUGAUUACAUUUUUACAGCAGAAUCGUGCCGGUGUUGACUAGAUGUAAUGUGUGCUGUCUGAUCUUUGCUGUAUUUUUUAUAUUCCACCUGUCUUCCACAUUAGCUCCAUUCCCCCAGUUUAGUAAGUCUACUUUGUGCAUGUGCUGCUAUUAUUGACCACAUUAGGCUUAAUGAGGACAUUACAAGAAACCAUUUCUUUUUUCAUUACAGUUAAACAAUGUCUUUAUGCUUGAUAUUUAAUCGUAGUGUGUAGUAAUGUCAUUAAAAUCAUGUAUAGUGUUUUAGUACUGUAUUUUCCCACAGUGUAUUUGUAUAAUAAAUUAUUAUCAAAAUCUA